GCUCACCACGGCUGGUUGAGUCUCCAACCCCUGGUGCGCCCCCCCCACCCCCCGCCGACCUGCCGCAUGGAUUUGAUGCAGUUUGUUCAGGAUAUGAUUGCAACAUGACUUCCGUGGUACCUCGACGGGAACUCGAUAUUGCCGUUGGGAGAGCCGGGCGGCAUGCUGUAGGCGGUGGAAGGCGGUCAGGCCGGGGUUUGUGCGAGUUGCUUGGAGGAUGUGCCGGACGCUGCCCGUGCAUUGGAACACAGCAUUACAGCGUGCGCCUUAUCUCCCGCUAUUGAAACUCGGCACGCUGUUAGAUUGAACUAUCGCGCGCGAGUGUUCAAGGGCGCGGGUCAACUCGCGAUCCAAAAUCGUACUGUAUUGGUGGGCGUGUGAGGGGGGAGGACAACUAAGAUUUGCAUCAGCAAACUGUAUUGGGACUCCCACAUAAUGCAUUUAGCUGGGAAUUUAUUGCUUGCUGCGUUGGCCGCCACGUUGUGGGCGGCCAGCGUAAGCGCCCAGCAGACGGGGCUCUAUCCCAGCUUCCCCUACUGCCAAUGCACCAAGACGCCCUCGGCGUAUCGGUUGUCGCCGACCGUCACAUCGACGGGCGCGGGCACCUACUGCUUCACGCUCAGCGCGAAUAAGGUGCCGGCUGGCUGCACGCACAAGUGCUGCAAGGCUGACCUCAAGAAGAUUGAGUUCAACGUGAACGACGCGUGCGACGUCUUCUCGCCCUCUCUCAAGGCGACCAUCAACGGCAUGCGCACCAAGGUGGCCCCCGCCAUCAACAAGGCACAGAACGGCCCCGUGGGCUCCACCACCCUGGUGCUGACGCAGCUGGGUCUGGGGCUGGGCAACGACGGCGCCCAGGUCUGCAUCACGCUGGGUCUGAACAAGAACGGCAAGGGCUGCACCACCCUGGAGGAGCUGUGCGUGCCCCCGGCCGGCAUGCCCGCCGGCGUGUGCACGGCUGCCCUGUUCGACAGCCAGAACGACUGCUGCCCGCUGUCCCAGGCCAACGUGCCCAGCCCGCCGCCGCCCUCUCCCCCUCCCCCGUCGCCUCCUCCUCCUUCUCCCCCUCCCCCCUCGCCAGCUCCCCCCUCUCCUCCUCCUCCCUCUCCUCCUCCCCCCAGCCCGCCGCCCCGCUGCCGCGUGUGCACUUACAUCGCCCUCAUUUCGCAGCCUGAGGUGUCGGCUGCGUACGCCUUUACAGCCGACCAGUGCGCACAGGUCUCCGACGUCAUUGCCGCCGACAUCACCGCCCAGGCCGAAAGCGUCGGCGCCACCAUUGUCUCCGACUUCGCGCUCGUCUCCUGCCAGGGUCAGCAGAUCAAGGUGUGCGGCGAGUUCUUCUCCAACGAGGAGGGCGCGCUGCUGCAGGGCUUUGUGUCGGAGCAGGUCGCCAUCUGGCGGGAGCUGGUGGCGGGCGAGACCUGCCCGCGUGACCUGGCCGGUUACACAGUCGUUGCGGCGGUGGGCGGCGACGGCGCCAGCGUCCAGGACCUGCCGCAGAGCUGCCUGUCCGCCAGUGAUAACAAGGCGUGUGCCCUGGAGUCGCCGCCCCCACCCCCUCCUCCGCCGCCCCCACCCCCGCCACCCUCGCCUCCUCCUCCUUCUCCCCCUCCCCCGUCGCCUCCUCCCCCGUCACCUCCUCCUCCGUCACCUCCUCCCCCGUCGCCGCCUCCCCCGUCGCCGCCGCCGCCCCUCCCGCCGCCACCGUCCCCGCCUCCUCCUCGCCCGCCGCCGCCCUCGCCUCCUCCCCCCUCACCUCCUCCCCCUUGCGAGUCCUGCGUCUACGUGGAGCUGCAGACGCCGUCCCACGAGCCUUUCUUCAAGUACCGCUUUGACUCGGCCAUGUGCGCCGCCAUAUCGGAGGCCAUUGCCGCCGACCUGAACACCGCAGCCGAGGUGGCGGGGGCCGUGCUGCCGACGCCCUUCGAGGGAGUGGACUGCAGUGGGCAGGAGAUCAAGGUGUGCGGCACGUGGCUAGACGGCGAGGCUGCCACGGAGCUCAUGCAGCCGUACGUGGACACGCAGGUGACGAGCUGGCUGGCCCUGGUGACGGGCGGCCGCUGCCCCGCCUACUUGCGCGGCUACAGCGUGCUGGUGGCGGUGGCCGGCAGUGUGUCGUACGAGCUGCCGGAGGAAUACUCAGGCCAGGAGAUGCCGUGCCUGUACGCCAAGGACCAGUCGGCCUGCGCGCCCGAGACUGUGGACUUCCCCAAGUGCGCCUGCGAGACGGCCGAGCUGGCUACGCCGUUUGCUGCGCUGCCCAUUAUCGACGUGGGCCCUGGGCCGUCCAAGGGCACCACUGCCUUCUGUUUCAACCUUACGCUGGUGAGCCCCACUAACCCCGGCAGCAAGUGCGGCAGGAGCUCCGGCCUGCUCAAGGCCGAGUUCUACGCCGACGACAAGCAGCGUCGCAAGGUUAACUCGAUUGGCGUGCAGCCAGCCGGCGGCGCGAUGCGGUACCUCUCGGCGACCUGGGGCGCCGUGGGCGAGAACACGUUGAAGGCCACGCCGCUCAACUGGAGCAAGGCCCAGGCAAACGGCGGUCGGAUCUGCUUGGUCCUGUACGACACGGUAACGCUGGACAGCUUCUGCAUGGGCAAUGAGCUGGACACGUGCUGGUUGAACCUGUUCGACAGCAGUAAGGACUGCUGCCCUCUCUACACUUCCUCCAUCGCAGUGGCGUAAGCAACACUUCCUGUGCUUCACCUGGGUUUGGCAAGUGGUUUUGGCAAGGCAAUUUUGUAAGCGCGCAGCCGUAAGGCUGCAGCGCACUGUGAUCUAUUGUUGGAGUGGGAUGAUUCAUUCCGGGUGACUACGGGCUGAUGCUUGGUUGUGGUGAUACACGAUUAACCUGCUGGGCGGGGGUGGUUUCCCAUGCACUGGAAAGUGUCUCAGCCGGCCCCUGCAGAAGGGCGCGCGCAGGAUGUUGAGGACGGGUGCUAUCAGGUGUUCAUGACUACGCUAGCAAGCAGGUGUGUGCCGUUAGUCGAUAUUCCUAGGAGGCCAUGUGUGUACGCUUGACACACAAUAGCUCAGGCAGCUUGGCACGCGGGGUUAGGAUUAACGGCUGGGCGUUCAUAUGGGGCCCACGGCUUGACGUAAAGUAUCGGUAUGACGUGUUAUGUGAAGCAUCCCCGCACUAUUGAAAAUGCUUGAAAAAACGCAACACGCACAAGCGAACAUGACGUUGUAGAGCCGAGGCCAGUGAGCUAGCACAAGCAAAAAGAAAAGCGUGAGCAUGAGCAGCGACCGCAACUGCUACGUUACCUUUGACGAGAUAACCGCGCGCCAAGCUGCGCCACUCCGGCGUCCUAAUGCUUGUGACUCUCAGCUGGUGUAUACGGCUGUCAGAGGCUGGGCUGGCGCAGACUGGCCGCAGACUACCAAGCGAAGGCUGCGAUGCGUUGUGAUAACGCGAACCCCAAGAGACCCACCUGGAACACAGCCAGGCAUCCGCGGUGAGCCAGGAGUAGUACGUACAUGCGAGGACAAGAGGAAAGAGAACGGCAGAAAGGAGGGUGCGGCAUGGCGAGUGUCAAAACGUUGAGGCCGGCGCAGAAAAUAAACCAGGGUGGCUGCUUAGCUGCGGCCGGGCUGACGUGAAGGCUGACUGGCUGCUGUAUAUGGUGAGCUGAGACUGGUAUGAAAGGCUGGUGCCGGCCAGGCGAGUUGGGCAUGAGGCGCUGCUGCAUGGGGACAUGACGCUCUGUAGGCCAUGGGGUAAACUGACGGGUGCGGACCGUAGUACGGUUCCCCA